AUGUCAGACUCAGAGGAUUAUCACUCGUGUAUAAGCUCUGACUCAUUUAUCUCAUUAGAUGCAUCGGAGAUGGAGGUUGAGGCUUUGGGUGUCGAGCUCUCCAAUAUCUUUGGUACCUCAUCUCAACAUUUUAACAUUUGUCAUAUAAAUGCGCAAAGCAUUCCACGUCACUACACUGAACUGCUUGACACUUUUUCGUCGAGUUCUUUGCAUGCGGUGCUGGUUACUGAAAGUUGGUUUAAGCCAUGCCACAAUUCAACUACUUAUGCUUUACCAGGGUAUAUCCUGGUUCGCAAUGAUCGCCCUUUGGUAAAUGGUGGUGGUGUAGCCAUCUAUAUCAGCAGUUCUGUUCCGUUUAAGACUAUUUCAGCAUCGGAGUAUGUAAAUGUAAACGACAUUGAAUAUAUUUUCUUGGAGAUUGUGGUUUCUGGGGUUAAAGCGAUUCUUGGAGUUGUGUAUUGUCCGCGUCCUGUUAAUUCUGUCACUCUUACUUCUCUCACUUCUGUCUUGGACCCGCUCGCAACGGAUUACUCUCAUCUUGUAAUAAUGGGUGAUUUAAACACCGACCUCCUUCAGGAUUCUCUAGCGUCCCGUAAUUUACGAUCAACUAUCGAGUCUUUCUCUUUGUCUAUACUUGAGUUUAAUGCGACUCACCACAAUAUUCAUACCGAGGACACGUGGAUUGAUCAGGCUAUUGUCUCCUCUCCAAAUCGUGUUGUAAAACAUGGUCAAGUCCCGGCUCCGGGCUUCUCUCAUCAUGACUUGCUCUAUGUUGUGUACAAAAUUAAGCCUCACAAACGUUCUUCCGAAAUUAAAAAGCUGAGAAAUUUUGCGGGGCUGGAAUUAAAUAAACUUGCUCAUGAUGCGUCUACUAUUGAUUGGUCCGGGGUAUUGGCAACUUCUACGGUGGAUGGGAAGGUGGCAAACUUUGGAGCCACUUUAUUGAGCUUGUAUGACAAGCACGCACCAAUACGGUUAGUGAAAUUGAAAAGACCCCCUGCACCCUGGAUCACUCCUCUAGUGCGUAUUGCAAUGAGGAGGCGUGACGGAGCUUUUCGUAAGUUUAAACGGUGUAGGUCGGAGGAAAAUUGGACUGCCUUCAAAUUAUGUAGGAAUCGCUGUAAUCAGAUGGUGAGAGCCGCAAAACGCCGCAACUUUCAUGACAAUCUUGUACAGUCUUCUCCUGCUGCAACUUGGAAAUUUUUGAAGUCUGUGGGUCUGCUUAAGCCUCAGAAUGACGCUAUUCCUCAUUCUUUCACUCUCGAUGACAUUAGUCGUCAAAUGAUAGUCUGCUGUUUAGACAGUGUACUGCCGAUUAUCACACAUAUUAUUAAUUGUUCCCUUUCCUCUGGUACUUUCCCUAGCAGCUGGCGCAGGGCGUAUGUGCUGCCUCUUCCUAAAAUAAAUAAUCCGUCUGUUCUUAAACACUUUAGGCCAAUCUCAAUACUACCUUUCCUUUCUAAAAUUCUAGAAGCAGUUGUUCAUCGCCAAUUAUCAUCCUUCCUUUUUAGACACAAUGUCCUUGGCCAGUACCAAUCAGGUUUCCGGCCGGGCCACAGUACCACAACGGCAUUAUUGAAAGUUACGGAAGACAUUCGUGAGGGCAUGGAGGCUUCGCGGUUGACAGCAUUAGUUCUCAUUGACUUCUCUAACGCCUUUAAUGCUGUUGACCAUGAUAUACUCCUAGCCAUCCUAGCUUUUUUGCGAGUCUCUGCCUUGGAACUGGAAUGGUUCUCUUCAUACCAUAAGGGGCGCAAGCAAGCUGUUCGUGCCAAAGACGUCUUGUCUAAUUGCUCUCAUCAUUUGUAUGCUGACGAUCUACAGAUUUAUGCGCAAGCAAAAUUUGACUCCUUGGAUGAUGCGAUAUGUAACCUCAAUGAUGAUUUGCGACGUAUUGCUGACUGGUCGAGUAAGUUUGGCAUCAGUGUCAAUCCAAGCAAGUGUCAAGGCAUGAUCGUGGGUAGUCCCUAUGCUUUGUCUAGGCAAUACGACUCUGGAACGCUCUCCCACCCCAUAUUCAAAGUGCGCCAAAUAAACUCGCAUUUAAGCAGUUAG